ACAUGGCACAGGGUGUACGUACAAAAUAGUGGAAGUUAACUUCAGUUGCUUAGAAUUUUUUGUUUUUUUACGUUAACGUUAUUGUUUAGGCACGUAAUUUGAAACACUAACAAAUGUUGAGAUAAAAAUACAUGUUAGAAAUACAAAAUUAUAAUAAUAAAUAAAGAAAAUCACCACUUUUAAUUCAGGAAUUUCCAAACAAAUAUUUUGAACUUUUUUUUUAUCUAAUCACAAGCAAAAACGUGUGUUCAAAGUGCCUUUUUUUAACUUAAUAAUUGACCUGAGGCAUUGUCAUGAACAUUAACAAAUUAAAGUUCGGGAAGGGUAGUUGCAAAACGUACUCAAUUAACCGGUUAAGUUGUAUUGACAAAUUCUGGAAAAUAUUAAGAAGAAGAAGACAAAAUUGUGUACGUGAUUUGAUCAUCGCAAUCAAAACAAGUUAAAAAACAAACAAAUCCGCGAGAGCCUAAUUCUAAACUCUUUUUUUAGAUAAUCACUGUUAUCUUACCUUGAAAUUUAUUUGUCUUUGUAGAGCAUUUAUCGAUUUUGUAAUAAAAUUACUUUAUGAUGAAUACAUUUACGCUUGUGGGAAAAAGUUUAGCUCAACACGCGAGGAAGUUUAGUUGCUCGGAGCUGGUUUCUAAAGAGAGACAAGCAAUAUUUCCAAGGCUUUUAUUUACUAGAUUUUAUAGUAAGGAAGUGAUGCAAGAACGCCAUCAAUUAAGCAAUGAUUUCUUCUUUCGUCAAUUAUUUGACGAUGUUUCAUGGACUUACACUUAUUUAUUGGCAGAUGUUGAAAGUAAAACUGCUGUAAUAAUUGACCCAGUUUUAGAAAGAGCUCCGCGUGAUGCGAAAUUAAUUAAAGAGCUUGGAUUCAAAUUAAAAUUCGCUCUGAACACUCAUUGCCAUGCUGAUCAUAUAACUGGGACAGGAUAUCUUAAGCAGCUUUUACCUGGAACCUUGAGUGUCAUAGGGAAAUAUUCAUGUGCAAAUGCUGAUCGUUGGCUUGACGAUGGAGAAACCGUGGAGUUUGGAAAGCAUAAAUUGGUUGGAGUUUCAACCCCAGGUCAUACAAACGGUUGCAUGACUUACAUAGUUCACGAACAAGGCAUGGCGUUCACUGGAGAUGCUGUUUUAAUUCGUGGUUGUGGUCGAACUGACUUCCAAGAAGGCAAUCCGAAAACACUCUACGAAUCUGUGCAUGGCAAAAUAUUCAGCUUGCCUGACAAUUUCCGUCUUUACCCUGCACACGAUUACAACGGGCAAUUAGAAACAACAGUCGAAGAAGAAAAAAAAUACAAUCCACGCUUGUCGAAAUCUUUGGAUGAAUUUGUUGAAAUCAUGAACAAUUUGAAAUUGGCGUAUCCAAAACAAAUUGACAAAGCAGUUCCAGCCAACAAGGAAUGCGGUCUUUUCGACAUCCCCGAGAAAAAGUAGAAAAUGAAGUAACGGAAGUGAUUUCCACUAACAAAACAUCAUUCGACGAGAGAAAGGAGUCAGGAGGAUAUUGCUUAGCAUAAUCCUCAACAUAUCAACCAAUGUCAGUGAAUUCACCAAAUUAUGUUUACUAAAGUUUAUGUUCAUCUUUUAUUACUCUGUUGUAACGAAGAAAAAUAAAAAGAAUUAUCUUAAUGUUUUUAAUAAAGUUAAUGUUCUUGUAUAAAAUUUUUAUAGAAAG